UACUAUUUUCUAUAAAUUUAGUUAAACUUAAAGUAGUUUGACUUUGACUAAAGUUGAAACGUCUUGUAACCUGAAACGGAGUACUAAUGACUUGUUUCACAGCCAACAGCGGCCGAGAACACAGCCUAAAGGCAUGGUGGACCUAGAAAUUUCAUAGAGCAUAAAAACGUUCACAAAAUGGCUAGAUGUUGGGAUCGUCAAACACUGAUAAUGCAAUUUUCCCGUCCUUUGGCCGUGCCAACUAACCCGGGCAACUGCUCAAGGUCGCCAUACAUUGGAUCGACUGCUGAUUCGGGUGGUCUUACCAUGAACUAGUACAUACAAUUGACACUCGAACUUAUUGUUUCUUUUAACUUGUAUUAGUUGAAAUUAAACAUGUAUGAUCGUGGAGUGAUAUAUGUUAUAUUAAUUCAUCUUAUUAAAUAUUUUUAGAUUUAUGAUAUAUAAAACAAGAGGACAUCCCUCGAGGGACAAUCGGGCUAUAUUCGUUUGCAGAAGAAAUAUCUUGUUAUCCGUUUGCACGCUUCUCGGACUGUUAAACAGUAUAAUAUUAUAGAAAAGUUGUUUCUAAAAUCAUAUUAGUCCAUUUUACAAUUUUAAAAAAUGACAUAUUAGGCUCUUCCUUUCUCCUCUUCUCAAGCACACCCUUAAACUUUCAUGGUCUCACAAAAAUGCACUAUACUCAUGAUCUGGAUCACACACUUAAUUUCACAUAUUCACCCUACAUUGGUGACUUAAUUAAGGCAAGAUCCAACUUAGUUUAAAGCUGAGUACUACUAAACUAACAAAACCUAAUUAUUAACACACUCCAACCUAGACAGCUUAAAUCUGAUCACCCCCAAAGCCCAAAGCUUAAUCACCAUCAUCAUCCAGCCCCCCACUUCAUUCCUCUCACAAUCAUCAGUAUCACCUCUAUCUCUAGCUCCCCCUCUCUCUUCUCUCUCUAACCUUUUGCACCUGCCUGCAGUCUGUCUCCAUAGAACUCUCUCUCUCUCUCUGGAUCGCCACCUUUGCCAUCAUCAUCACUGCCAUCCUCUCCACGCCUGCUCCCCGCAUCCAUCCACCCCUCUUUACCCCACCAUUGCCGCUGCUUCCCUCCUCCAUCGCUCACUCGCCAUGGCGGCGAGCUACUUAAGUAGAGCUCGAGCAACCCUACCUUGCUUCUUCUUGCCUCCUAUCUAAGCUUCUCUUCGAUCUUGUGUGACACACACAUGGGCCUCGAGCUCGACCUGCUGUCCGCUCAGCUCCCGCCGAUCCGCACCACGGCGGCGGCGGCGGCGGCGGAGAUGCCGGAGUUCGAGGAGGUGGUGCUGUGCAGCACGCCGACGGCGGCGGCGAGCGUGCUGCGGGCGCCGUCGGUGUGCCCGCCGGCGCCGAGGAAGCCGCCGAGGCCAGCCGCCAAGAGGAGGAAGAAGGACGCUCGCUUUAGCCGCAGCUGCUACUGCUGCGGGCGGCGCCGCGGCGGGAGGGCGCCGGCGGCGGCGGCGUUCGUCGCCGUGCCGGACGAUCUCGCCAAGGUGUUCGUCCCACGGCGGCCGGUGCCGUGCCGGCCGCCGCUGGACGGCAAGAAGAUCGGCGUGCACGUCGUGGGCUGAUCCAUGUAUCCACCAUUGUUGGUCUCGUCUGAGCUUGAAGCUGUCCAUGGCGAGUGGCCUAAAAUACUCUGGCUAUACGUACAUACGUGCAUGGCCAUGGAGUGGUGUUGGUUGCUUGCAACGAGAGACGGUUUAGUUUAGUAAUUAAUUACUCCUAGUUUAGCUUAAUUAGCUUACUUUAAUCUAGUUUUUUUACUACAGGGGGUUAUUUGAAUAACAAACUGUAAAUGUAGUUCAUUAUUAUAUCAUUACCCCCUAGCUAGCUAGCUGACUGGAUGUUCAGCUAAUUCAGGUACCAAUUGAAUGGUCAUCACUCAUCACUCGAUUGAUCAUGCCAUUACUUACUUUGACAAGGAAUAUUGUGCUUGCAUUGCAUAAUAUAUACUGUAUGUGCAAAAGUUGAGCAAUAUUAUUUCUUUCCUUACUUCA